GUUUCAAAAUCAAACACAGCUCAUUUCCUGUUUUAUGGUGUCAACGUGUAUUAUGAUAUAUGGCUGCACAUGUAAUGGUCUAUUAUUGAUGUGUCAACCACAAUGAUCAUUUAGGUCACUGACAACGUUAGCGAAAGACACCACUGUUCAAUUGAUUGAAAUAUUUUGGCGUUCUCCAGCAAACAUGGAUACCGAUGCAUGGAUUUGUGGUAUUUGUUUAUGUUUAUGGUGUAUAACAUUUGGAAAUGGGAUUCCACUAAACCCACCAAAAGUUAAAAAUGUGGCAGACGAUACAAAGGCAAUUGAUGAUGCAAUUGAUUCAGACAAUCUGAGACCGCUGGAAAACGACCAGAAUAAGAAUAACGUUUUAAAGUUUGAACCUUUGAAAGACAUAAGGAAAGAUGAGAAUCUUUCCUUGGAUAAAUUGAAACCAGUAGAUCAUAUCGAUGCGUUAAAGAUGGAACACGAUGGACAUAUCAAUAAGGAGUAUCAUAAAGAACUAUUUCUGGGCAAUCACGAGCAGUUUGAAAAGGAUGGAGAAGACUCCACAGCGAAACUGUUGGAUAUCUUCUUCAGAGUGGAUUCUGAUAAAGAUGGCCACUUGAGUGAGGCCGAGAUGGAGGCAUGGAUUAUGCAGAAGAUGGACGAACAUUUUGAUGAAGCUUUGCAGGAAAAUGAGGAGAUCUUCAAGCAUCUGGACCCAGAUGGCAACGGGUUGGUACACUGGAAGGAAUACUACACACAUUUCCUUCUGGCCAAGGGAUACGAUGACGUCCGGGCCAAGAAACAUGUCCAGGACUAUGAUGAGAUCGAACUUGACUCAGAUGCCAAGGAGGAGCUGGUUCGCUACAAGUUCCGCUGGACGGAUGCCGACCUUGACCCUGCAGACAACCAGUUGAAUAAGACUGAGUUCCUUGGGUUCCGCCACCCUGAACAGAGUGACAAAACCAUCAGCACUAUGGUCUCCAGCAUCAUGAACAGUAUGGACUCCAACGAAGAUGGCUGGUUGUCCCUGUCGGAGUUCAUCGCGCUGCCCCCUGGUGAAGUGGAAGGAGAUGACUUCCGCGAGAUGGAUAUACACUGGCAGGAGGAGCGCAAGGCUGAGUUUAGUGACGCCAUCGACCAGGACAAGAAUGGCCAUGUCACAGCAAUGGAACUCAAGGCGUAUCUGGACCCACGGAAUCCUGUGCAAGCGCUCAUGGAAUCAAGGAAUCUCAUCUCCCUCAUGGACGAGGACAAAGACAAAAUGGUGUCCAAGGAUGAAAUGUUGAAACACAAAGACAUCUUCAUCUCAAGCAAGGUCGUCGACUUCGCCGCCAACGUACAUGACGAAUUCUGAAAACAUUGGGCUACAUAUGAUAUUUUUGUAACUAUAUGAAUGUGUGUGUGAGUAAGAAUGAGUCUGUGUUAUAUAUAUAUAUACAAUUGAGUUCACAUGUGAGAGGUGCUUUUCUGCAAUUGGCACACAGUUUAACCUUGACAUUUGUUAAAGCUUUGAUGGUGUUGCUUAUGGUUAUUUAAUGAUUUUUUUAUUUGUUAAUCAAAUUGUCCCAGAAAUCAAAUUGUUUUGUUUGAUGUGCCUUUACAGCAAAGUCGUUUUGAAGUUUUGUAUUGUCAAAAGGUCAUCUUUAGAAUCCUGAUUGCACAUAGUUAUUCUGUGUGCUUUCAUCCCAUAUCAAGCUGACACGUCAUGAUGCAACUGGAAUACUGUUCAUGGCGGCGUUAAGCCAUUUUACUCCUAAUCAGGCAGUCAGUGUUGAGGCUUCAGAUAUACCAAACAAAUUCAUUACUUUGCCUCAAUUCCCUUAAAUAUACCAGGAAGUGAAAUAUAUUGUCUCUAGCCCUGCCAUUGAUCAUUGUUCCCUGACUACACAAAGGUGAAUGACUUGACUGGUAUGAUAAUACAGUAUCCUGACUAUUGGAAGAUAAAACAGUGGGUUUUCAUUUUGGGAGGUAUUUUGAAGUACACAUACUUUAUUCAUAGCAAUUUCAUUUAGUACCUCAGCAAUUGUCAGCACGAUACAUUGAUCCUUUUAUCUAGUACUGGCACUGGUUGUGACCGUGGCUCUUGUAGUUGAUAAUUGUUGUGUUACAAGCACCGUGUUUGAUACUAACAGUAUAAUUGACCUGAUCAGGCAUUUACCCUGUCUUGUAGAGUGUGUGUUGUAAGAGCCUUUGAGGUUUCUCAUUCUUGAAAUCCAUGCAACCCAAACCUCCUGUAUUAUCUCCAGUCUCAUUAAAUCUGAUCUUUUGCUUCUGUUGAGAAAGUGCAGGGUGUAUAACAUAUCCACAAGAUGAUAGUGUGGCAUUUUGUUUGUCCCAAUGACAAUUGUUUUCAAGAUUGUUUGUGAGUUCUAUCUCCCAUUCUCCAAGAAAGAAACAAUGGGAUACAGUGUUUGGAGUGACGAGUAUUUACUUCUGUACUUGCCGCCACGUUAGAUGAGAGGGAGCAAUCAUUGCUUCUGAUAACAUCUUUUAUGAGCACUAUGCCUUGAUAGUUUUAUUACAACAAAUAUAUCUCACCAACAUUCAUUCAUAUAGACCUGGAAUAUGUCUAAAGUUGUGACAGCUAGCAGACAAGGCAAACAAACCAAGUUACUUCCCUUUAUCCAAUGCAUUGGGAUAACGAUCUGUCAGCUCGAUGACACUUACGCGAGAUAAGCAAGUUACAAAAGUGUUUUUCUCAGCAGGAUACAUGAGCAGGCUAAUGGAAAAUAAUUGCCUGCUCCUAAACCAAGCGGGGGGCCCGGGUGGCCCAGUCAUUUAAGGUACCACGAUUCACUGUGGCAUGUGCCUUGGGCACACCAGAAACCUGUGAUUGUGGGUUCGAAUCUCGGGUUCGCCCCUAUUAUGUUUCUAGGUUUGUCAGCACCAUACUUGGCUCGUGGGUUCACCGAAAGGGUAAACAUCUGAGACCUGCAUCACUUCGCGCUUUCCUCAAACAUAAAGCUGACACGCCGUGAUAUAACUGGAAUAUUGUUAAAAGCGGCGUUAAACCCAACUCAAACUCCUAAACCAAGUAGAAGCUGGUACAUUAAUGUAAGGUGAGAUAAAUAUCCUAAACCUGAAUCCCCACAGGGUUGUGAAGUCUAUUUUUGUCUAUAUUUGGUGUUCGUGUCUUGGCUGGGGUGUUGGUGGCAAUACAUACUGUUAUCAUUACUGUUAAUAAGGUUAACUGUACCUUAUUGUCCAGUAACAAUGUAGGUUACAUAUUGUAUCGUUAUUUUCCUGGCUUAAAGCUCUAGACCUAAGGUGUGAUUAUAUCAUGGAUGUGUGAUUGUUUCGUUUUCAUCUUUUUUUUCUUUUAGUCCGAGUCAUGAAUAACUAUUUGAUCGAAUACAUUUUCCUUUGAAGAAAGGAAUUAGUUAACACUGUCAAUCAUGGGAGGUGUGAUUUUCUUUUAAGGAGACAGGAUAUACUCACACAUGGCCACUUCCGUGUAACUCGGACAAGUGACCUUUUGAAGAGUGAGGUGGAAGUAAUACUUUUUAAAUCUUCCGGAGAGCCUAAAAGGCAUUUCUGAUGGGGAUCUAUGUCAGUGUUGUGUGUAAUCAGUGGAGGGAGUCACAAAAUAUAUGUUCGGAACUGUUUAGUUUUUUAUGCAAAAUCAUUGUUGGGAUUACUUUUGGCAUCCUUUCUGGCAACAAGAACUAAGAAACUUGUUCAAAGUAUUGACAGGAGUAAAAGUUCUCUACACCUUGUCUUCAGAAAGAUUCCACUGUUGACAUUAAAAGCCUGUAGAACAGAGUUGUUGUUUUUUUGUGGCCUAUAUCAUAUACUCUCUGCAAGAACUACCACGAAACGUAAAUGAAUUACAAGCAUGUUUGUCAUCAUUCUGUUACUGUUGUUUUGAACGUUUUGUUGUCUACAUUCCAUCUCAUAGAUUUUGCAUGUGAUGUUAAGGAAUCUGUGCUCUAAAUUCACAAUAUGUAGCCCUGUGCACAAUAUGUUCGAAAGUUUGUGAAAUUUGUAUUUAUUAUUACUUACUUGAGUGGGUCAUAAUUAACUUAUUUCAUUUCCAGGUGAACUGUAUCUGUAUGCAUUUUGGUUUUCAACAAAGUAAACAUCCUUUCUUGUCGCACAUAAAAAAAACCAAAUUGUAUAUUUUUAACAAUUUUGUUAAUUUAUUUUAGUUUUUUAGAAUGUGUUAUGUUCAUUAUCAAAACACCCUAUGUGAGGCAUGAAAUUAUGAGUGCUUGUGCAGAAGAAAUCUGAAAUUAGUAAUCCAGGCCAAACUGUUUAGUGUCGAGGGAGACAUCGUGUUCUGAGAAGCCUGUUUUGAAGCAUAAUCAGUAUGUUCAGUGUAUGAUUAGUUUAUGGAAAGUGUGUGCAUAUUAUGGAAGUAAGAUAAUGAAGAUGAGCAACAGUAGAUCUAAAUGCUAAAUGAAAGAAAACCAUGUUCUCAGAAAUUUCUCGAUAUAUUUCUUUAGCUGCGCAAUAUGAAAAAGCUGUGCUCAAAUUUCUCUUCCAAUAUCAGAUACGGGUGACCAAGGAAUUGUUGUUGUCAUUGGAAAUGUUCUGAGAAAUUAGAUAAAAUAGUUAUUGGAGGUGCAUCUGAGAAUUUGUGAAAUCCACAAUUCAGCAGGUAUUUAUGACAAGCCUUUAUUAUGUUUCCAUGGAAAUACACAUCAGUUACUUAUUUCUAUAUGUAAAAAGCAAUCAUAUCCUACAGAACAGAAAGUUUCUUUGAUUCUCCUUUCAAAUGCUUACUCUGCUACUUGCAACCACAGGGAGGGACAUUCAAUGUACUUAUAAAUACUUUUCUUUAGGUAUUGAUGGCAUGUUUUGAUAUUUCGGGAAAUAUGAAAAAUAUAGAAGUGAUGGUGUUUAACAUUUUUCUAGGUGUAUAUUUUUUUCUCCAGGAAUUGAUGUUGAAGUACACACGUUUGGGUGAUCUAUAUUUGUGAAAGUGUACUUUUAUGGUUUCUUUGGUUAUGAGUAAUUAUCCUUACUAAUGGUGUUGAAGUACAUAUUUUGUAAAAAGUGUUUUAUUUAUAAUGGACAUCCUGCUGUGCUUAUAAUAUAAAUAAAUGAUUCACAUUU